ACUAGUAUAUAUAUAAUCCUGCCGUAUUUGCCUCACCAUGAGUUUUAUUUUGUGCUCCGAAGUUUCUACAGCUUUAUUUACCAUCUCCAACGUUGAACACCAGAUCCAACAACCUCAGAAACACAACCACCCAAAAAAAGGGGGAAAAAAAAAGAGGGGCAAAUUUAGCAAGGAAUUGACCGUCAUGAUUCCCCAACCCACUCGAUCGUGGAAGAGGAAGCGGGGCAACACUUCUGGAUCUAGCCGCCGAAAGUCGAAAGCCACACCCAGAUCCUCACGAAGCCGCAAUACUUCCAGAUAUAAACGUAGUCGACCAAUCGGCCCGAUGGAUCGGAAAUCGCCUGACCCGUAUCCAAUCAGUGCGACCGAUCGGGAAUCUGAAUCACGGCCUGUCUCUAGUUCUUCCGAUGAAGGAGAAUCUCUUGAUCUCUCUGACUAUGGAUGCUCAGUCGAGGAUUAUUAUCCCCACCUUAACGAAGGUGCGAAACUCUUGAAUCCUAAAUCCAUCGAUGAGGAUCUUUUCUUCAAUCUACUAAGAUCUAGACGCUUUUUGGGAGACAAGGGUUCCCUGGCUUUUGGUAUUAUUAUGCGAGACGAGGUGUUGGUAGCUUUCAAUCACUCAAAACCAGUUUGUCGUACUCACCGAGACCUUAAUGUUGUUGGCCCUCGCGCUUUUGCUGCUAUCUCUGGAGGAACAGUUCGGGCCUGCCGACGACUCUUGCAACAACUGCGUGAGAAGUGUAUGGAACACGGAGAGUAUAACAGUGGUGCGUCUGUUGAGAAGGCAACCCAGUUGAUGUCUGAGUUGGUGAAGGGCAGCCGUUUUGUGGGUCUCAUUGCGGGUUGGGAUGACCCCACAGAUCUUCCUGCCUUGUAUCUUGUGGAUGGAUUGGGGGCGCGGAUUAAAGGAGAAAAAAUAUUGGCCACGGGAUUCAGUUAUACAUCUAUCUACGCUGCCAUGGAUUUGGAGGGUCUUGUUGAGCAUUUAAAUGAGGAUCAUCUAAACUACAUUCUGGACUCCCCUUUUGAUGAAAAAAUUUAUUCCACUUGGUCUGGUUGGUCUCGCGGUGAGGUUGGGAAGUUGGCCAUUAGACAAUUGUGCAUGACGGCCUGUAAUGCUCCCUAUAGUGGAAAAUAUGCUAGUGUGUAUAGUGUAGGCCGUUAUGGGGUGAAUCAGCUAGAUUUUAACAAAUCAGUAAAACGGCUUGCACGAGAGCAUAAGUUGCUUGUCUCUAUUUGUAGGCCCGGAAGGGGAGUGCAUCCUGGAAUAUAUGCGUACAAAUAUGCUGAUGAUAGUGGUGGUGAUGAGAAUAGUGCCGAGGACAGUGAGGACAUUACCAAUGAGGACAUUGCGAAGGACAGAGCGGAGAAGAAAAAAUUGGUCAAUCUAUUUUAACCUUUACAUUCAUUGUCAAUUUUACUCUAUUUUUUUCAUUAGCUAAUAUUACCCUAAGCUAUUCAACUGUUAACCGAUUUUGUCUAAUUUGCCAAUUUUUGUUUAAAUUAACGGAUUUUUUAUUAGUUUUAAUUACAAAAAUAUCCUAAUAGUUUUAAAAAUUAUAAAAAUGAUCCUAAAAAUUUGUAAAAUUAAUAAAAUAGUCAUUUUUCACUUU